AUGAAUAUACAGGAUCCAGAGAGUGGCAUAUGGGGUUACUCAUGGGCUGUUGGAAGAACUGUUUGUGGACAGGAAAUUGUUAAGUACGUUGAUCCACAUCGACAUAUAUCCAGUCCUAAAUAUUGGACGUACUCAGGAUUUCAUGAAGAUGUCGCUCUUCCCGAUGGGGAAUAUUAUAUAACGGUCGAGGCACUGAAUAAUGUUGUAUUUGGCGGAGCCCUAGUGACAACUGUAUGCCAUUCUGUGCCUUUCACUGUGGACACAACCCCGCCUUUCUUUCACAAAAUAACUGACGUUAUGUUCGACGAAGACUUUGAUAUUCUUGCUGCCUACUAUAACGUGUCUGACGGACAGUCUGGCAUAUCGCGGGUGGAUUUUGGUCUCGGAAUGACUAAGCACGAUGUCGGACUGCGAGCCUACAGUCGCCACGAUUUCCUAAAUAGAAGCGAUCCUUACCUAGUGAUAGAAAACUUGGAGCUUCAACCAGGCAUACCGGCAUGGGUUAGGCUAAGGGCAGUUAACAAUGUGGGCCUUUUUGCAUCUGGUCAUGCUGAAGCACCUAUAAUGGUAGACAAAACACCCCCAGUGCCAGGAGCAGUGUUUGAUGGUGAUGUAUUCAAAGACGACAUACAAUAUCAGUCUGAUACAGAAAACAUAUGUGCACAGUGGAAAGAUUUCUUUGAUCCUGAGUCUGGUAUUAAGAGGUUCAUCUGGGGAGUUGGAACUCUACCUGAACUAGACGAUAUUGUUGCUUUCAAAAAUAUAUCCAGAUUUAAAAGACAGGCUUGUGAAAAGGCUCAUCUUACACACAAUACUACAUAUUAUUCUAUAGUGGUUGCACUUAAUGAUGCACUGAAUUCUAAACGAAGCAACAGUUCAUCGGACGGAGUACUGGUGGAUAUCACACCGCCGCUCUCAGGAAAUGUCAACGAUAGAUACACAGAUCGUAAACGUAUAGGCGACAUUGACUUCACGUCAGAAACUGCUACAGUCUUUGCGUCUUGGUAUAACUUUACCGAUCCAGAAAGCGAUAUUGAUCACUACGACAUUAGUAUAAAAAUAAACAACGAAACUGUUAAAACAGUCCCAAUGUCAACGGCUACUUUGUUACAAGACCAUUCCUUAACACUGAACCAUUUAGACUACAUAGAAGUGCAGGUUUCCGCUUCAAAUGGUGCAAAGUUACAAGCAACUUCAUCAUCUGAUGGAAUGCUAGUAGAUCACACUCCUCCAAUCGUACAUUUUAUUCAUGACACAAAGAACGGAAAUAGAUUCCAGUCCGAGAACACAAAGCUUAAUCUGGAAUGGGAGUUUUCAGACCCGGAAUCUAGCAUAGAUCAAUAUAGAUAUCAAGUAAAUGAAAUAGAUGCUGGUAUUAAGACAACAAUAUUCCCGCCAGGCGGAGAUUUCAAGUAUAUAUAUCCUGAAUCGGCAACUGUUUCUAUGGAGCUUGACAAGCUACACCUUAAUGACGGGGCAAUUUAUAAAGUGCACCUUAUUGCCUUUAACAAAGCAAGACUGUCUUCCUCCCAUGAAUCUGAGGGGGUGCUCGUUGACACGACAACACCGAUAGUGAAAAAUGUCAAACUCGCCAUGCCAAAAGAAGAAGAGGAUUUGGAUGAAACAGACACUUACGUUCUCCUUGCGGGGUCGGAUAGCCUAACUGUGAGUUGGAUAGCAAGGGAUUCAGAGAGCGGUAUUCAAACAAUACAGGUUGGGAUUGGUGUAUUUAUUGGGGAUACAUCGGUUUCCAAUGGUUAUGUCAGUUUCAAUGGCGAAGAAACGCACGUAGUGUUCCGUGACUUAAACAUGAAAUUCUAUGCAGAUGAGUCACCUAUCCUCUACUAUGUUUCAGUAAUAGCCAUUAAUUAUGCUGGUUUGCAAUCUAACAAAGCUACAUCUAAACCAAUCAAGAUUUUACAUGAAAAUGUUCCAGGUAUUGUUUAUGAUGGCCGGGAGGAGCUAACAGAUGCAGUUUUCACACGAGAUAAGACUUCUAUUGGAAUUUCUUUUGGCGGGUUUGAAAGCGAAACUUGUAAUAUUGUUGGUUAUGAGUGGGCUGUCGGUACUACGCCAUUUCUGACUGAUAUUUUACCAUUUACUGACUAUGGCAUUGUACUUGUUAACAAAUCGCAGGGACAAGCCCAAAUUCAUAAAGAGCUUUACGAAUCACAAAUUUAUUACGCAUCAGUUAGAGCAAGGACAGGUCAAAUGUGUAAGCAAGAAUUCAUAAUGUCUGUAUCAGAUGGUAUCAAACUCGAUACAAAUGGGCCUGAGAUAACAUUAUAUUUGAAAAAUGAAUCUUACAGCCUUCGUGAAAAUUCUCAUCUGAAAGAUCCUGUAUUUCAACAGCCUAUUGAUAACAUUGAAGCUUCAUGGAAGACAACUGAUGAUUCUGGUAUAGGCAAGGUAGAUUGGAUGAUAGGAAAUCUACCAGGAACGCAGGAUGUUCACGAUAUGACGAUAUCAGAAGGUGACGUAAUUCCUCUAAAGUCUGUUUCCUUGUAUCCAGGAAAAGCUAACUUUCUUACAGUUAAGUCGAGUGACACGGGUGGAAUGUCUUCUUUGCUGAUAAGCCCAGCAAUCACGGUUGAUACAUCUGUACCAGUAGUGAAUGAUUUUCUAUGUACUAAGGUAUUAUCAGAUGCCAAAAGUCUUAUCGGGUGUAAAUGGUCAAUGAUUUCAGACAGUGAAAGUCCUAUCACUUCCCUUUCUUUUGGAAUUAGCUUAACACCGCUUGGAUUUGAAAUUUUGAACUUUACAGAUAUUUCAAUAGAAAGAAGAAAUUGGUAUAGAGAUAUUGGAAAUUUCAUCUCUGAUACACAAAUAACAAAGGUAUAUAUGGCCUUACGAAUAUGGAAUGCCGCAGGUAAACAGUUUAUAAUUGAGGAAACUGCCAUUCUAGACAGGACACCUCCAGUUGAUGGAAAUAUACUAAUUGUAACACAAGAUUCUCCAACUUCACCGAAAGGCCAGAUACUGUGUCAGUCUUCCGACCAAUAUAUAGAAAUACAAAUUAGUGGAUUUACGGAUAAAGAAUCAGGACUUGCAAGGUAUGAAAUUGGUCUCGGAAGCAGCCUUGGAGGAAUAGACAUCUUGCAAUUCAGACCUUUCGACGUUAAGGAGCACAUACUGAUUGACGGAUUGCAACUUAUUCCUGGAGCAGUAGUAUUUGCUUCUGUUAAAGUCUACAAUAAUGUCAAUUUGUUCAGUACGCAUUUUUCACACCAAGUUGUUAUCAGUCCUUCUCCAAAGCUUUCUGUUAUUGAUGGAGGCAAGUCUGUUGAUCAAGAUUUCCUUUCUCAACUUAACGUCAUUCAAGGCCAAUGGAAAUAUUCUGAUCCAUGUCCGAUACAGUUUGUGGAAUGGUCGAUCGAAGAUUUGGUCGGAAAUACCAUUCAAUCGUUUAAGCCUAUUCUUAACGCCAACACGCUUUUCCUUAAUGAUGAACUUCGGACUGAAAACGGCCUAACGUAUGUCAAUAUCAUACGUUCAAUAGAUGCUCUGAACAGAACACGGUUAGCACGUUCUGAUGGAAUAACCGUACGCAUACAACCUCCAAAAUUUGCAAGUGUAAGGGAUGGGUUAGAGCACGAAGACAUAAAUUACCAAAGAUCCACUUCGGAGCUGUCAGGCAACUGGGAUGCAUUCGGCGAAACCACUAAACAUAUUCCGUCACAAAUAAUCGUCAAGUAUGAAGUUGCAGUAGGAAAUGACAGGCGAUACCCAAAUACAAGGACAAACGUUCAUGGCUUCGUUGAUGUCGGCAUGAAUAGAACAAUUACCUUUACAAAUCUAAAACUGAACGCUAAAUUAGUCCGGUACUAUUUAACUGUUAGAGCCUACAGUGCUGCUGGUAGCUUCAUUGAAGGUUAUUCCAAUGGCAUAAGAGUAGGAUAUGAAGAAGUUAUUAAACCAGGGAAUCUUAAGUAUAGUGGAUUUCAAUCUUCAACAACCACUAUUAAUAUUGGAUGGUCAGACUUUAUAUCUGACUACAGUAUUCGACAUUAUGAGACGGCAGUUGGUAAAAAUUCUCCAAACACAACAAAUGAUACUGUGGAUUGCUCAUUCUAUAAAUCAAAAUUUACAAAUUUUGAUAAACAGGAAUUGCGUAACGUUGGGCUGAAUACAUUCUCAAAACUAACGGGCCUUUCUCUGUUACACGGCGAAAGUUAUUUUGUAACAGUUCUUGCGGAGGAUGAAUCCGGUUCGUGUAUCUCAGUCACUUCUGGCCCAAUAGAAGUAGAUACAACGCGGCCAAGCACUGGAAAAAUAUUUCUAAACGGUGCAGAAACAGAUAAACGAUAUAACUUUAUCAACGGUUCAAGUUUGAAGGUGUCGUGGGAAAACUUUUCAGACAGCGAGAGUGGCAUUGCAUAUUAUCAUGUUCAGUUGGCUGAGAAGGAAGACUGUAAUACGCACCAUAUAAUUCAAAAUCAGGUUGUCAAUGUAACGGAGGUAACAUUUUACCACCUUAACAUGGCGAAACAAUAUGUUAUUGAACUGACGGCAACAAAUAGGGCAAACUUAUCAACAACAAAAACUACCGCAUCUAUAUUUAUUGACAGCAAGGGGCCACUGAAGGGUGAUGUUAAGGUUGGGGAAGACUGGCAAAAUGAAGUUUCAGUUCAACAAUCGCAAACUACUAUAAAUGCUACGAUGCUUAUUGCAAAAACUGAAGAGAGCUAUAUUUGUCCGUUACAAAAUGACAUUCUGUUGAUUUCGGAUGCCUUUUCUUCAACAUUGUAUCCAUUAGCAGGCAACUUUACGCCAGAAUGUGUUACCUUUACAACAAAACGUCUACAAAUUCAAGUAAAAAUUGACGAGCACAUUUUAACUGAGAUAGUAAAAGGAGGAGUGCAGACAGACGAAAUGGAUAUUUUAGAAGGUACUUACACAUUUAAAAUGAAAGGGUUAAAAGGUAAACAAAUGGUCUCAAGUGUUGCUAUAUCACGUGAUACUUCAACUAUUCCAUUCCAAUUUAAUGACACCUUGGAAGAUGGGGAGCCAUAUGGAUAUGGCAUUAAUGGAACCGAGGGUAACCACUCAGAGAACGGGAUAAUAACUAUAGCCGCAAAGGAGCGAUAUGGGACAGGCUUGCUGAUACCAGGCUACCAGAUUCACACUGCAACAAACUCAUGGAACGUUCUGUUUUGGGCUGCUGACAUGUUCAACGUCCGACAACAAUGGGUUUCAAUUGAUUUUGACCCCACAUCGACAGAGGCAAAGUAUGAUUUCAUUCUAAAAAGAAUCAAUGACACUGAAGAAGUGAAAUGGGAAGUUAUCCUUACUAUAGACGGCGUUGAAAAGGCUACAAUAAAUGCAUUGACAUAUGGACUGCAGUGUCGUAUUUCCAUUCUCGGGUACAACAAGGAUGGUUACGUUCCUAAAGUGAACGAUAUUUUUAAUCCUUUCUAUUCCGAAAUAGACAUUUCCACAGUUCAGAUUCCCAGUAAUAAGAGCAUACCUUGCAAAUAUGGAAAAUCAUUUUACGACGGCGAAAGCGGAAUACGUGAAAUUUGGGCGGGGAUAUCGAAUUCAAUAAAUCAAACUCAAACUAUUAUGCCUUAUGCUCUUCAACAACAAUAUUGCCUACCGUGCAAAAAUAGAUGCUUUUCCGACUGCGAUCCAGAUUGCACACUAGAAAUCAAUUUUCCAACGGAAUUAUUUUCUAUAUCACUAUCCAACCUUACCUUGUUACCGUCAUCAAAUUCGUCACGUGUUACUGAAAGAAACAUUUCAUCUGGUGCUGACUUUAAUGAUUUACAAACUGAAUCCUACUACAUCAACAUCAAGGUAGUAGACUUUGCUGGAAAUUCUGCGGAAACGGUAUCGAAUGCUAUAAUUGUUGAUAAUACACCUCCUGAAUUUGAUCAAUUAUCAUGUGUUGAUCCAGUUCACUCAUUGGAUGAACCUACACUUUAUCAAGGAACAAAUUCCAGUGUUGGUGCAUUCUGGAAUUGCAAAGAUGACAUUAGUCAAAUUGAAAGGUACACAGUAUGCGUCGGAUCCUCUGAUGGACUUUGUGAUAUUAAACUGGAGACGAAUGUCGGUCUUCAAACUUCAGUACUCAUAGAUGGCCUAGAUGGGUUAUUACUUGACGAAACCACAUACUUCUUGACAGUCAGUGCUUAUAAUGAAGCCAAUUUGAAGGAAAGUAUUAUUUUAUAUGUACACAAUUACAUAUCAAUCUUCGGCUAUUCUUGCGUAAAUAUUAUUCCCAGACAAAUUGUAUCUUUUAGACAUUUAAUAGCUAAUAUAAUUAUAUCUUAUACUAGGGUAAGCACGUUUCUUUUACUCUUGCUCGUUAUAUUAUGUACAAUUUUUUCGUUACAGACUAGCCGGUCAUGCAACAUAACUGUAGAAUUAAAAUCGCCAAUUACUGAACAUUCAAAAUCAAAAGAAAUGUUUAGUGUGGCAGUUGCAAACCCACCUCCAAAUGUAGCAUUCUCCAACCGGACUGACAGACUAGGGAUUCAGUGGGAAAGCAAAAACAACGAUACAGAGUUUUUUGAAUGGGAAAUAGGGAGCAAUUCGUACGAUGCUGAUAUAUUUCCAAGAGUGAAAAUUGGUACGAAAAAGUCUAAAAAAGCUGCCAUCAUAGACGGUCGUCUGUGGCUGGACGGGGUCAAUAUAAAUACCACUGUUAAAGAAUACGUACUGACCAACUGGACAGAGGAGGAAAUAGCUGAAGCAAAAGCGCAUGGAAAUUUCUUCAACUUCGAACCGGGACGUUGUAUCCAUAUCAACUUGUACUCAGUCAACCGUGCUCACCUUUCUAGCAAAAUACCAGUGAAACCAAUAUGUAUGAAGAGAGAGAAAGAUCUGUUAAUAAACUUCGAGGAUCAGACAACGCAAACACUUAUUGCAAGUGGAAACAAAUUGACGACUAUUCCAUCGGGAACACAUUAUGGAGAGAAAGACAUGAUCAUUAACCUUAGAGGAACGUCUGGUGGAUUAAAUAUUGGGUUGUUAGAUGACGAUGAUUUGGACGGGAUGUAUGGGUCUGCUGCUAGUGAUAAAUACAAUCCUUUUAUUUCCUCGCCGUUAGCAAAAACAAAAACAUCACGGCUGUUGAGAAAACGGUUUCAUCGCUAUUCUGGAAUGUCCUUUUAUGUUUCUCCAACCGGAGACACCACGCUCGCCGAUAUGAUAGAGAUAUCUUUACAUUUCAACAACACAGAGACAGCCACUCUUCCUGCUUUAGUAUUCUGGGACCAAAUUGCUGGAGAAUGGCUGCAUGUUACAGAGGAUUGCAAAGCAGAGGAACAUAUCAAUUACAAUACCAAAACAUACAAAGCAAAGGUCUGUAUGCCAUCUCAACUAUCUGAAACAGGCCGUCAACGUCGCUCAGUAGAUGUCUUAACUGAAGUCGAUGGCCCGCGUCAGUUUUCUCUCGUCUUCAUUUCUAGAGAAAUAACCCAAACUGCACCUGUCAUUCAAACUACUUCACUUACGUACGCGGAAGAUUUGGCGACGGUAGAGCUAAAGACUAUACAUGUUUAUGACGACGAGGACGAUAAUGUGACAUGUAGUUUAAUCGGCGGACCACUCCACGGCGAUGCCAAUAUAACUGCGGACGGAAGACUCUACUAUAAAUCGGACCAUGACUUUGCUGGAAAUGACAUAGUUGAGAUUGAAUGCAUAGAAACAUCUCUACCACCUCCUCGUGUACCACAACCAAGUCGAGCUACAAUAAACCUGUUUGUGACAGAAGUGAAUGAUGCCCCGGACCUCUUAUUCAUAAGGGACAAUGUAACAUUUAAAGGUGAUCGCAACAACAAAAUCAUUCUUCCUUUUGAAUCAAAUACUACAGGAUAUCUUAUAGGAACAUUUUUUGCAAGCGACAUUGACAUGAACGACAGUUUGACAGAAAAUGUGUUUGAAACAUCUUUCCCAGAGGCUAAUUUAACACUGCAAGAAAUUGAUGAUUUAAAUAUCGUGCAGCAGUUUAAAUCCAUCUACAACAAAUCUGCGACUACCGCCAAAGUAUAUCAGUUAGAACUGUCUAUAUCUACGGACUUCUUUGGGGUGAUCGAAUAUGGUUUAAUUGUUAACGAUAUCGCAGGACACUGGAGUUUACCGAUUAAAUUGAGUAUCGGAGUUCUGUUCAAUCCAUGCGUACAUGGUGGUUGUGCUCCACUCAAGGGUUUGUCAUGUUCAGAUUUUUCAAGAGCUAAAUCCUUUGACAAUUUCUGGUGUAAUUGCGAACCUGGAUAUGAAGGGCAAUGGUGCGAAAAAGAAACUAACGAAUGUGAGCCAGAACCCUGUGCUUUAAUGUUUGAUUGUGAAGACCUUGUCGCAGGGUAUAAAUGUAACAUCAACAUUCCUAAACUAAUGGCUAUUCUUAUCUGCUCACUGUUGGCAAUAGGCUUGGUAUGCUUUGCUAUCUACAGGAAGAAGGAACAACUGAAUAAAAAUAUGAAAGUAUCACAUAUGAAUCUGCACAACCUUACCAGACAUCAGUGUGACUCUCCAGACCGAUUUAUGAUAAAGUAUGGACAGAGUCCAUUUGAAGCGGUACAAACCAACCACAGUGAUAGCAACGGAUCGGAUACGGAUUCAGAUUUUGCUUCAGGAGCAGAAAGUUCAAGAAAUGACGUUGUUGAUGGCAGUACAACCAACAUCAGCUCAGGAGAUACUUUGCAUGGGGUACAACUUGAAUCAGUGGGCGUAUUUAGACCACCCCAUCAUGCCGCUACCAUCCUUACUCAGUUGAAGAAGAAACAGCUCACCCCAAUUGAAAAUUAAUCAGCAUUUGUGUUGCGAAUACAUAAAAUUAUCUAAUGAAUUUACAAUUAAGGAAUGCAUGAAAUAUUUUACAAAAUCUAUAAUGUCUUUGAUCAUUUUCAUUAAUUAGUAUCCAUUUUCGUAAAUUUAACACAAUUACAAUAAGGAUGUUAUACGAUAUUUAACUUUAUUCUUAAAUCCUAUGCUAAUUUAGUGGCUAUCGGCCAGAUUUGUAGAAUAUUUUGCCUUUUGAAUUGUUGACACAGAACUGGCUGAAAAUGAACACUUUGGUAUGUAAAGGACUAGAGUCUAUGCACUAGAAGUAGAGUAGAACUUUUUAGAAAUAUAACUCAGUGAUAUUGUAUUUUCUGGCUCUUUGGGAUUUUUAGUACAUUCAUCUUUAGUAUAAUACAAUUCUGCUGAAGCCGUGCUAUAGGGGCGUAAGGGUUGUUGCACAUUUCGUUACUUCUCAUAAACAGACUCAGUCAAAGUGUGUUUGCUACUAUUUUGCUUGGUUCAGUUUUAUAAUUCCAAAAGAUCUUCUUUAAGAUUUUAUUCAACAGACCCAUUUCUCAGAACUUAUAUACUUGUAACGUUACAACACCU